CUCGCCAUUCUGUCCAUAAGAGUCUGCCGGGGGUCUGCGCACUGUGGCCCUCCUCCGUGUCGCUACUGUCCCUCGUGAUGGCGCAAGACGACGCGAUUGAGAAAACCGAGUCCAGCGACUCCGACCAAGGCUCGACCCUCAAGCCAGCCAAGAGAUCUCGAUGGAGCGUGAGGUCCCUGUUCGUGCCUUCGGAUGUCCCUCCUCCCAAGGCCUCGCUCGACGACGCAGACCUCAUCCCUGAGGCCAACGCCUCGUAUUAUGAUAUCCUUACCUUCGGAUGGAUCACCCCCCUCAUGUCCUUGGGCUAUGCCCGACCCCUUGAAGCGCCCGACCUCUACAAGCUCCAGGACCACCGCGCGUCUGCUGCCAUUGCCGAAAAGAUCACGAAGUCUUUCGAGAGACGGCAGAAGGAGGCGGCAGAGUACAACCAGCGUCUCGCGAAUGGUAAAGUCAGUCCUGGUCUGAAGGGCGUGUGGUGGUCGUUGCGCGGUGUUCGUGAGGAGCGAGAGAAGCAGUGGAGGGAAAAGGAUGGGAGGAGGAAGGCAAGUCUGGUGUGGGCCAUGAACGACAGCAUCAAGUGGUGGUUUUGGACCGGCGGUCUGCUGAAGCUCAUCGCGGAUGUUUCUCAAGUGACUAGCCCCCUGCUGGUCAAGGCAAUCAUCAACUUCGCGACCGAAUCUUACACGGCCUUCAAAUUGGGUCACGGAGACGAGGCCCCUCCCAUCGGCAAGGGUAUCGGUCUCGCUAUUGGCUUGUUCGCUAUUCAGCUUCUGUCCUCGCUCUGCACGCACCAUUUCUUCUACCGCGCCGCCUCCACUGGCGUUCUUCUUCGCGGCGGUCUCAUCACUGCUAUCUACGACCGCUCUCUGAAGCUUUCGGCCCGUGCUCGCACCACGCUCACCAACGGCAAACUCGUCAACCACAUCUCCACCGACGUCUCGCGCAUAGAUUUCUGCUGUUCCUUCCUCCAGCUCGCGUUCACCGCCCCCGUACAGAUGAUCGUCUGUCUCAUCAUACUGAUCGUCAACUUGGGUCCCUCCGCGCUCGCCGGCUUCGCAUUCUUCAUGUUGAUGACGCCCGUCCAGACCGUCGUCAUGAAGCACUUCAUCAAGCUCCGGCACAAGUCUAUGGCGUGGACGGACAAGCGCGCCAAGCUGCUGCAGGAGCUGCUGGGGUCCAUGAAGGUCAUCAAGUACUUUGCCUGGGAAGUCCCCUACCUCAAGAAGAUCGCAGAGCUGCGUGGGAGGGAGAUGGCAUACAUCCGCUCGCUGCUGGUCAUCCGGUCCGCGAACAACGGCAUGGCCGUCUCGCUGCCUGCACUGGCCAGCGUGAUCGCUUUUGUCAUCUACUCCGCCACCGGCCAUUCGCUCAACCCUGCGAACAUCUUCUCGUCUCUCACGCUCUUCCAGCUGCUCCGCAUGCCGCUCAUGUUCUUGCCUCUCGCGCUCAGCGCGUCCGCAGACGCAUACAACGCCACGCAGCGCCUGUACGACGUGUUCGAGGCCGAACUGCUCGAGGAGUCGACCGUGCAGGACGAGAAACUCGACCACGCGGUGCAGGUCGUCGACGGCGAGUUCGUGUGGGACGGUCCUCCGCCCGAUGCGCCCGGCAAGGAUAAGAAGGGCAAGAAGCAGGACAAGAAGGCCGCCCCGCCGCCUCCGACGGCGGACCCGAAGUCCGAGGAGACGUUCAGGCUCAAGAGCGUCAAUCUCGCUAUUCCAAAGGGCCAGCUGACGGCCAUCGUCGGACCUGUCGGAUCCGGCAAGUCGUCUCUGCUGCAGGGCAUGAUUGGCGAAAUGCGCCAUACUGCUGGCACCGUCCGGUUCAACGGCACGGUCGCGUACUGCCCGCAAAGCGCAUGGAUCCAGAACGCUACAGUAAGGGACAACAUCACGUUCGGACGGCCCUUCGACGAACAGCGAUACUGGCAAGCGAUCCACGACGCGUGCCUGGAGGCCGACCUCAAUCUGCUCCCGAACGGUGACAUGACCGAAGUGGGCGAACGGGGCAUCUCGCUUUCCGGCGGCCAGAAGCAGCGGAUCAACAUCUGCCGCGCGAUCUACGUGGGGGCCGACAUCCAGAUCUUCGACGACCCGCUGUCCGCGCUCGACGCGCACGUCGGGAAGCACGUCUUCCAGAACGUCUUCCAGGGGGCCGCGCAGGACAAGACGCGCAUCCUCGUAACGCACGCGCUGCACUUCCUCCCGCAGGUCGACUACAUCUACACGAUGGUCGACGGCAAGGUCGCGGAGCACGGCACGUACGCGGACCUCAUCGCCGCGAACGGGGACUUUGCGCGGUUCGUGAACGAGUUUGGGAGCAAGGAGAGCGAGCUGGAGAAGGAGGAGGAAGCGGUCGCGGAGGGCGGGGACGGGGACGGGGACGGGGACGUCGAGGGUGAGGAGGACGAGAAGGCUGUGGAGAAGAUAAAGAAGAGGCAGCAGGGCGCGGCGAUGAUGCAGGAGGAGGAGCGCAAUACCGGCGCGGUCAGCAACCAGGUGUAUAUGGAGUAUAUUCGCGCCGGCAAGGGCUACAUCAUCCUACCCCUCCUGAUACUCUCCGUCGCGCUGCUCCAGGGCGCGCAGGUCAUGUCCUCGUACUGGCUCGUCUACUGGCAGGAAAUGAAAUGGCCUUUCGGCUCAGGGUUCUACAUGGGCAUCUACGCUGCUCUCGGUGUCUCACAAGCUCUGACGUUCUUCAUGAUGGGUGCAACGUUUGCGUCGCUGACCUACUUCGCGUCGCAAUCGCUCCACCGCGCCGCGAUCACCCGGGUCAUGUACGCGCCCAUGUCGUUCUUUGAGACCACGCCGCUGGGUCGAGUCAUGAACAGGUUCUCUAAGGAUAUCGACACCAUCGACAACAUGCUUGGAGACGCGAUGCGCAUGCUCGUGGCGACGUUGGGCAACAUACUGGGUGCCGUCAUCCUGAUCGCCAUCGUCCUCCCCUGGUUCCUCAUCGCGGUCGGCGUGGUCGGUAUCGCAUACGUCUGGGCUGCCAUUUUCUACCGUGCAAGUGCUCGUGAGCUUAAGCGUCUUGAUGCCCUUCUGCGGUCAUCUCUAUACAGCCACUUCUCGGAGUCCCUUUCUGGUCUGGCAACCAUUCGUGCAUAUGGCGAGACUGACCGGUUCCUGGAGGAGAACAGGAAGCGUGUCGAUAUCGAGAACCGCGCAUACUGGCUUACAGUCACGAACCAGCGCUGGCUCGGUAUCCGGCUCGACCUCAUGGGCAUCCUCCUCACGCUCGCUGUCGCCCUUCUGACCGUCGGCACCCGCUUCCACGUCUCUCCCUCGCAGACCGGUGUCGUCCUGUCGUAUAUCAUCUCCGUCCAGCAGGCGUUCGGCUGGUUGGUCCGCCAGACCGCCGAGGUCGAGAACGACUUCAACAGCGUCGAGCGUAUCGUCCACUACGCGACGCAACUCGAGCAGGAGGCACCGCAUGAGAUACCCGACCACAAGCCGCCGCUGUCGUGGCCUGCGGAUGGACAGAUCGCGUUGACUGACGUGGUACUUAAAUACCGCCCGGAGCUCCCUCCUGUCCUCAAGGGCUUGACGAUGUCGGUGAAGCCUGGCGAGAAGAUCGGCAUCGUUGGCAGGACCGGUGCGGGCAAGAGCAGUAUCAUGACGGCGUUGUAUCGCCUCGUAGAGCUCUCCGAAGGUUCCAUCAUCAUUGACGGCGUUGAUAUCUCGAAGAUCGGGCUGAACGACCUGCGCAACGGUCUUGCGAUCAUCCCGCAGGAUCCUCUCUUAUUCUCUGGCACUUUGCGGAGCAACCUCGACCCUUUCGGCGCCCAUGAUGAUGCCCGGCUGUGGGAUGCUCUGAGACGAGCAUACUUGGUGGAGGACGUCAAGAAUCACUCCAUCCACCAUUCCGGAAACGCCGACGAGUCGAAAGAGGGAGACGGGUCGCACACCCCCGUGAACCGUUUUUCUCUUGAUAGCCCUAUCGAGGACGAGGGUAGCAACUUAUCCAUUGGACAGCGCUCGCUAGUGUCCCUUGCGCGCGCCCUCGUCAAGGACAGCAAGAUUCUUAUUCUUGACGAGGCCACUGCUUCUGUCGACUAUGAGACGGACAGGAAGAUUCAGGAUACGAUUGCGAGCGAGUUCGCGGACCGCACUAUCCUAUGCAUCGCUCAUCGAUUGCGGACCAUCAUUGGCUACGACCGGAUCUGCGUCCUCGACGCAGGCCAGAUCGCCGAGUACGACACUCCUGCAAACCUGUACAACAUGCCUGGCGGGAUCUUCCGUAGCAUGUGUGACCGCUCGUCUAUCUCUUUCAGCGACAUCAAGGCUGCAGAAAAAGCGAAGGAGGCUGAGUAAGCUGCCUCCUUAACUCUCUGCUCCGAAGCAUCUUGUUCACUAGCAAUGAAUAUCACGAUACACGUAGCUUAGACACUCACGCAUUCCAAGACGGUUGUUAGUUACAGCUCAUGGCGAGUCACGCAUAUAUCACAUACCUUUGUAGACGUUCCAUAUCUCCUUGUAAUUCCUGAUUCGCGGUGAAGCCUCUUUGUUGGGUUUGUUGGUAUUGACGGAUGAUACUAGGCGAUGUUUGGUAGUAGACGCAGUACUAGUGUCACGACAAUUUUCCUGGUCUCGUGAAGUGACCAGGUUUGUUGUAAAGUAUAUACAGGUCCGUGCCAGCACAGUCCCCUAUCCACCGGAUACUCUAGAAUCUAGGGGCUGAUGGCGCUGAU